AACAGUAUGUGGGUUACGCAAAUGGGAGUUUGUGGGGUGAUGGGGGAUCUGUGCGGUGUUUGAUGAUGUCUGUAAGGGGUCUCAUUCUGUUGCCCAGACUGGAGUGCAAUGGAGUGAUCUCAGCAAAUUGCAACCUCCGCCUCCCGGGUUCAAGUGACUCUCCUGCCUCAGCCUGCCAAGUAGCCGGGACUACAGGACGAAGUUCCAGAAAUGGAAUUACCGAGUCAGAUGAGAAACACAAGUCAUCAAUGAAUUAACAAGCAACACAUUGUCACAUCCAGCUGUUGAAGAGUGGUUAACUCAGCUUGAUCUCCGAAGACUCUUCUGCACCCCACCCCGCCCCCAACUGCUUUCCAAAGAGAAACAGAAAAUGAUUGAGUCCCAGGAACCAGUGACAUUUGAGGAUGUGGCUGUGGACUUCACGCAGGAAGAGUGGCAGCAGUUGAAUCCUACUCAGAAGACCCUGCAUAGGGAUGUGAUGGUGGAGACCUAUAAUCACCUGGUCUCCAUGGGGUGUUCAGGUAUAAAACCAGAUGUAAUCUUUAAGUUGGAACAUGGAAAGGACCCAUGGAUCAUAGACAGUGAGUUGUCAAGGUGGAUCUACCCAGACAGAGUGAAAGGCCUUGAAUCUUCCCAGCAGAUCAUUUCUGGAGAAGUUUUAUUUCAAAGGGAGAUACUAGAAAGAGCCCCAAAGGAUAAUUCAUUGUACUCUGUUUUAAAAAUCUGGCAUAUUGAUAAUCAGAUAGAUAGAUAUCAAGGAAAUCAAGACAGAGUUUUGAGGCAGGUCACAGUCAUCAGUCGUGAAACAUUGACUGAUGAGAUGGGUUCCAAGUACAGUGCAUUUGGGAAAAUGUUCAAUCGGUGCACAGACCUUGCUCCUUUAAGUCAAAAAUUCCAUAAGUUUGAUUCAUGUGAAAAUCGCUUGAAGUCUAAUUCAGACUUACUAAAUUAUAACAGGAGCUAUGCAAGAAAGAACCCCACUAAGAGAUUUAGAUGUGGGAGACCACCUAAGUAUAAUGCUUCCUGUUCUGUGCCUGAGAAGGAAGGCUUCAUUCAUACUGGAAUGGAGCCCUAUGGAGAUAGUCAAUGUGAAAAAGUUCUCAGUCAUAAGCAAGCCCAUGUUCAGUAUAAGAAAUUUCAAGCCAGAGAGAAACCCAAUGUUUGUAGUAUGUGUGGGAAAGCCUUUAUCAAGAAGUCACAGCUCAUUAUACAUCAAAGAAUUCAUACUGGAGAGAAACCAUAUGUAUGUGGAGAUUGUAGGAAAGCCUUCAGUGAGAAAUCACACCUCAUUGUGCAUCAGAAGAUUCAUACUGGGGAGAAACCCUAUGAAUGUACUAAGUGUGGAAGAGCAUUCUCCCGGAAGUCACCUUUCACUGUUCAUCAGAGAGUCCAUACUGGAGAGAAACCCUAUGAGUGUUUUGAGUGUCCAAAAGCUUUCUCCCAGAAGUCACAUCUAAUUAUACAUCAGAGAGUUCAUACCAGAGAGAAGCCCUUUGAAUGCAGUGAAUGCAGGAAAGCCUUCUGUGAGAUGUCUCACCUUUUUAUACACCAGAUAACUCAUACUGGGAAGAAGCCCUAUGAAUGUACUGAAUGUGGGAAGACCUUCCCUCGGAAAACACAGCUCAUUAUACAUCAGAGAACGCAUACUGGAGAGAAGCCCUAUAAGUGUGGUGAAUGUGGGAAAACUUUCUGCCAACAGUCCCACCUCAUAGGACAUCAAAGAAUUCAUACAGGAGAAAAACCUUAGUGUGGGAAGGCCUUUUCCCAGAAGUCACACCUCACUGGCCAUCAAAGACUUCAUACUGGAGAGAAACCUUAUAUGUGUACUGAAUGUGGAAAAUCCUUCUCUCAGAAAUCACCUCUUAUCAUACACCAGAGAAUUCAUACAGGGGAGAAACCUUAUCAGUGUGGUGAAUGUGGCAAAACCUUCUCCCAGAAAUCACUCCUCAUUAUUCAUCAGAGAGUUCACACAGGGGAGAAACCCUAUGAGUGUACUGAGUGUGGGAGGGCCUUUUCCCUGAAGUCACAUCUCAUUCUACAUCAGAGAGGUCAUACUGGAGAGAAACCCAAUGAAUGUAGUGAAUGUGGAAAGGCCUUCCGUGGAAAGUCUCCACUCAUUAUACAUCAGAAAACUCAUCCUAGGGAGAAAACCCCUGAAUGUGCUGAGUCUGGAAUGACUUUUUUCUGGAAAUCACAGAUGAUUACAUAUCAGAGAAGACACACUGGGGAGAAACCCUCCAGAUGCAGUGACUGUGGGAAGGCCUUCUGCCAGCAUGUAUACUUUACUGGGCAUCAGAAUCCAUAUAGGAAAGACACCUUGUAUAUAUGGUGAUUGUGGGAAGGCCUGUUCCCAGAAGUCAGUCCUCAUUGUCUAUGGGAAAACUCACAUUGAAUAGAAAUAGUGACAACUUCUCAACUGUAGAAUAGACCAAUAUGUUCCUCAGUAUACAUGAUUACCCUUCCACAGAAUGAUCUGCUUAGGCCCUCAGAAUAUUUUCAACACCACAAAUAUGGAAUCAAUUUGCUCACCCUCAAACUGUCUCAGCCCCCUUCACAGAAUAAAUGUAUCUGGAAGAAUUAGCACUA